UUUGCUGUGCACUCCGGACGCAUCCUGCCACAUAGUCUGCAUUUGACAACAUUCUGCCUGCAGUACAGCCCCCCCAUUGUAGCCUGCGUAUGCAUCCAUCUUGCCUGCAAGUGGUCCAACUGGGAAAUUCCUGUGUCUACAGAUGGCAAACACUGGUGGGAGUACGUUGAUCCCACAGUUACCCUGGAGCUGCUGGAUGAACUUACUCAUGAGUUCCUGCAGAUCCUUGAGAAAACUCCCAGUCGUCUGAAACGGAUUCGGAACUGGAAGGCUGGAGGUCAAACACCAAAAGCCAAGCCGAAAGUCCAGGAGGAGGGUGACCAGAGGGAUGCUAUGAUCAGCAUGAUCUCUAUGGCCUCGUCAGAGAGCACCGUGGCAGGCCUGAUGAGUUUGUCAGCUCCUCCGUCUGCCUCCUCCUCCUCCUCCCUGGGUGACAAAGACAGAGGCACAUGUGGCAGUGCUCAGACUUGGAGUGGAAAAGUACCGACUGGAGCUGAGCAGCACGAGGUCCACACUCCAGCCAAGGUUUCCCUCAGUGAGUACCGGGCCAAGAACGCUGAUGUCCUGGCUGCACAGAAGAGGAAGCUGGAGAACAUGGAGGCCAGCGUAAAGAGGGAGUACGCCAACGCAGCCCAGGCUCUCAUUGGUCAGCAGCAGAGGAAGGAGAAACAGCAGCAUCAUCACCAGCAGUCCAGCUCGUCCUCCACAGACAUGUCCAACCCUUCCCCCAUUAUUCUUAAAAUUCCCUUAGAGAAGGAGAGGCAUGACAGGUCUGUAAAGGCGCGCUUUCCUCCAGCCGGAGGAAGCAGUGGACAUGGUGGCAGUAGCCGCGGUCAGGAUCCAGACAUCAAAGUCAGAAUACGAGUGCCUGAAAAGCAAAGUGGGAGUUCAGGAGAGGAGGGGAAGAGCAAAGACAAGCACAGAGACCGGUCCAAUCAUCACUACCACCACCAUCGCUACCACCACCACCAUUCCUCUAGUGCUUCACUUUCCUCUUCACACAAACAUUCGUCUAGCUCCAGUGGAGCAUUAGCAAGCAGCAAAAAGGCCUCCAGUGACUCCUCUAGAACAAGCUCUUCGUCAUCUUCCUCCUCACGGAAGAGGACACACUCCCAGGAUCCCACAGCAGGGUCUCACACUGCAUCCAAAGCCAGUAAGUCCUCUAGGAAUCCCUACCAGCUGCCGUCCCUGUCUUCCUCCUCUGGACAAACUCUGGCUCAUGCUCCGGACCUUCUUCCGACUUUGGGCCUUUCCCACCAUCAAGGAACCUUUUCACACUCCAAAAGUGACAAGACGGACACUAAUGGGCACGGUGCAACAGGCGGAGCCCAGUCAAACGAGUACCAGGAUACUUUUGAAAUGCUAAACUCUCUUCUGAGCGCCCAAGGGGUCCAGCCGUCCCAGCCGUCUAUGUUUGAAUACAGAUCUCAGUACGGGGACUACCGGUUCUCUGGUGGCUCCAGAGGAGGCAACCCCAGGCCUCCCCCCCUGCCUUCAGAACCACCACCCCCACUUCCACCUUUACCCAAAUGAGCUCCUGGUCUGGAGACCACCACAUUGUACUUGACAUCAGACAUCCACCUUCUUAUAAAAAGUAUUGUAUGAUGUGUUUUUUUUUGUUUUGUUUUUUUAAAUACUCACCCAAUAUUUUGUAGGCUUCAGGGUGACAGCAGAAAAAUGUACUGGUGUGAUUGUUUUUUAACUUGUGGGGCAAUAAUAAUAUUUGCAACAGAAAGUGUAGAUAAUGUUAAUUUCUGCUCUGUUUAAAUUAAGGCAUUCAGGAGCUGAUUUGGAGAAAUCUCAUUGUCUUGUAAAUCGCUUAAAUUCUCCACCCUUUCUGGUCAUUAGAGGACAAAAAGUCCUCUCCCUAAAACUGCUCUAAAGAUUUUAUUCCACUUUUUUUCUUUUUUCUUUUCUCAAAUCACUCAAAACUACCAAAUAUGUAAUUAUAAAAACAUUUUUGUAAAUAAUUUAAAAAAAAAACCCACAAAUGUGUUAAUUUCCAUAAAAUGCAUGUUUAGGAGUUUAAAAGUUUUUUCUAAUCAAUCUUAAAUGUACUAAAUAUUAGUUAAAAAAAAUAAAAAUGAUCAAAAACCAUUGAUUUUGAUCUUUAAAAAAAGUCUUAAUCCAGUAGCAUGCAUUAUAUGGGAAAUAACUCGUUUGUCAUUGUUUUUAUGAAAGAAGAAAAAAAAUUAUCAAAUUGGCAUUUAAAGGUUUAAAUUUGAAUAAUUACAUAUUUGUUAUUUUUGAUAAGGACACAAGCUGAUUAAGAGAUUUGAGCAAAAAAAAAAUCUAAGGUUUUAUGGCAAUUCUUGGGAGAUUACUUGUUUGUCUUCUAAUUUUUGUUAAAAAAAAUUUGCCCUUUUUCGGGAAACAUAAUCAAAAAUUGAAGGAAAAAAUUUCCUGACAAUAAUGACCUACACGGGUUGAGAAAGUUGUAUUGCAGUGACACAUCUGCUAGGUCCUCUUACCAACCAUCUUUUUGUAAUGUUUUUAUAGUAUGUUAUUUAUUGAGUGCUUUUAAAAUCAACAUUGUACUCUUUUUGUACUUUUUUAAGGUUCCCCACUGUUCUAUCUGGGCAAAGGGAAAUUUUUUCAUCUAGACUGUACAGGCUAGUUUGAGAGUGCAUGUCUCCAAAGCCAUCUCGUCAAUGUUGUCUUUUCUUUUUCAAGAAAAACACCUAGUCCCAUACCUAGUUUUUAUUUACUGCAUUAUUUCAUUAACUUCUACGAAGAUUGCAAGCUGUUUGACACAAAAUAUUUUUUACAUUGUUAUGGAAAGUUGCGAGGAAAAAAUGGGAGAGAAAAAUAUGUAUUUUCUUGUUGGACUGAGUGUUGCAGUCAUUGUUUUAAAUGGUUGUAAAAUAUUCAUAUUCACUUCUUUGUUGAAUACACUAACUUCACACAAAGUACAUCUGUUGGAAAUGUUUAAACAUAUUUAUCACCUGAUCUGUUCAGAAAGCCCUAGCCAGCAAAAGACCAAAAUAGAACAAAUUGAAGUAUGAGUUUAUUUCUGGAAUUCUAUGAUCAGAGCAAAUAUGAGGAAACGUCUGCAUGUCUAGAUAAACAGCAGUGUUAAUUUCUACACAAGUGAGCAGACUUGUUCAUGAUUUCAUUUUGUAUUUUUUGUGGUCCCAGUAUGCAAGCGUAUUAAUAAUUUGCUAUAUAAAUCUCUCAUUGGCCAUCUUUGUUUUAUUUAGCAGAUUAAAUGAAUAAAUCAUGUUAUACUGCUCUGAUUUAACACUGUUGAAAGUUAUCUUUUAGCUCCAUACCCUCAAACAUUGUAGGAUAUUUAUCUUCAGAUUGUUUAUAAUCUGUCCACAAACCACCAUUCACAGAUAUUUGCAUGUGUUUUAUAUUUGUAAAAAAAUCAUAGAUGCUAACAAGCUGUUGAUAUACCUCCACUAUGCGAUUUUGAGCAUGAAGUCCAAUGAUGAAUGUUUAAAUUUAGUGGAAUAGGUUCAGUUUGUUGGCAGAGGAAUUGGGUAUCACCUUGAAGUUUCGUUCAUUUUAGGCUUUAUAUGGUUUGAUUUUGUAAUAUUACUCUUAACCUGGUUUACUUUCAGUUCAUCUAAAAGCGUAUUUUUGGCAGUUUGCAAUAAUGCAGUACAACAAACCAGCCAUACAACCAUGAAAUACUUUUCUUAGAUAAUGAAAAAUAUGCUGUAAAGAAAGGCUUCUUGCUCAGGCAGCAGAGGAUUUCAGUUCUUUAACUCUGUUGUAACAGGGAAAUGGUGAAAGCACUGAAUAUUUAUCUUAGUAGGUUUGCCUACAAUGCAAUUGAAAAAGUGUUACGUGUAUAAAGGUUUAACUAGAAUAGAAUUCCAAUAUAUCAUUGUCAUUUUAAAAUACAUGUUAUUUGAUCUGGGCAAAUAUUUAAGAUGAACAUGCUGUGAGAAAGUAAUAAAUACAUUUCAUAGUGAAUCCAUAUGUGAGAAAAACUGAAGAGACUCAUGCAACCUAACAAUGCAAAAAUCACAGGUAUAAUAGCCGAAAUUUCACGUUUCUUCAUGUCUAGGUGUUUUUAUUGACACUCAGGUCUUGAAAUAAAUGUUUUUGUUUUGAAUUUUGCUAUUUCAAAUGUUACAUGUGAGCAUUGUUCUUUUUGAUAUAAUGUGGUUGCUUUAUCUUCAAAGUCAAUAAAUAUUUUAAGAAAAUG